AUGAAUACAGCUGGUCAUACUCACAAUACUUCUAAUGAUACUGUCAAUGCUAGAUUCAGCAGUCCUCAACAUUUUCGAGAAGGUAUUUCCCGUCUUCUUGAGCAGAGUACAAUACAUGGAUUGCCGCAUAUUUCAACAUCAUCAAACAAUUGUGCACGAUUAAUAUGGUUCACUUUAUGGUUAGCUGGUGUAGCCGGUUUCCUGACUAACCUUUCGCAUGUUGUAGCACAUUAUUUAUCACAUCCAAUUUUGACCAGUUACCAUGAGGAUCAUGAAGAAUUUGUGUGGCCAGAUAUCACUUUCUGUAAUACUAUGGCACCGUAUAAUUUAAAUACACAGGAAAGACGAGCACUGUGGAAUCGCUAUGUCAAUCGGGCGAGAAAUCUUUCAACAAUGAAUCAUAUACCGAAAGAUCUGUUUAUUAGUAUUGAUGAAGCCGAUACUGAUGAGAUUUUCCUUCAGUCACUAGUACGUUCAAGUAUACCUCAUUGGAGAUUCAGUGUUGGCGAUGUAGAGGAUAUGUUUGAUUAUAUCGCUCGAGAGGAUAGACAUGAAGGGAUACGACUGACAGUAGAGAUGGAUGUGAAAUUAACUGAAAUGCCAAGACCAUGGAAAAAUUAUUUCUAUACACAAAUAUUACAAAAGCAUUAUAAUGUACCAUGUCACAACUUUCAG